UUUCCGGUGAAAGCUGUACAACAGUGAUGGAUGGUACAAGAAGUAUGUAAAUAAGGCGAGUUGUUCCGAAUGAAGAUAAAGGAUGACAAAAUAUAUAUAAAUAGUUAUCUGAAAAUUAGGAAAAUAAAACAAGAAAUUUGUAAAUAUGAGUCUCUCUAAACUUACAAAGCGAGGAGACAGUACCAAGAAAGGUGAAGAAAAUGUAGAAGAUUUUCUUAAAAAUCUUUUUAAUGAAGUACUAGUAGAAGAAAGAUGGGCAUCAGAAAUAUCCGACUUAAAAAGUGCUAUGAAAGAAAUAAUGGAGCGUUUCGUUAUUGAAGCUUUCGAAACAACUGAUGAGGAUGAAAAUGAAAGUUUGAAGAAGCAGUUAAAACCAGUUGGAAGUAUGGAAGAUGGUACAAGCAUAUGUAAACCUGACGAAUUUGAUUUCAUUUUCGAAAUUCCAUACACUGGCUAUGAAUCAAAGCCGUCAGCUAACCUUGACACAGUUACUUUUCCAGUCAAUCACUCGCCUAGACUUGUUGUUAAGCCAGGUGAUAUGAGAUUUCGUCGAUUGUUUCGGGACGGAGCUGAAGUAAAAUCUACAAACUUCUUACAACAUUUCGGUAUGAAGUUCAAGAAAGCAGUUGUUGCUCUAAGUGAAGCAGAACCUGUCAGAAGAUGUGGUUACAGUUUACAGAUGCGUGAUCCGAGUUGUCCUGGUUGCUACAGUGGAUUUCAAGGACCAGCAUUUCAUCUGCACAAUCACUUGGCGUGGAUUUCUCCAUCUGGUGAAGAGCAUUUUGUUUCCAUUGACUUGGUUCCAGCAGUUGUAAUGCAAGAUGAGGAACUCUGCAAACAGGCGCCAAAGUUUGACGAUAACGACACGGACGCUAGAGAGCAUGGGACCCGCUCGAAAUAUUAUCUAAUACCCAUCAAGAGUCGAUCGAUUGUCAUGUCUUUGAGGGUAUUUAUUGAUGGAGAGAGUGAAAAGAGGAAAGACUUCGCUACUUCAAAUUUCGCAAUAUCAUUUGUUGAAUAUGAAAAUGAUAUAAUGAAGCAAUGGAAAAGAGAAACGUCGUUGUACCAUAGUUGGUACAUUUGUUACACAUUAUUGAAAUGUUUUGGAACAAUUAAUCAUAGCUGUACUGGUCACGUUAAUAUAGAGGAAUCAGGGAAUGCGUCAAUACAAGCUAUAACACCCUUUUCACAUCCAGAACACAAUGAAACGCUAUCGAGUUACGCGUGGAAACUUUUGAUAUUUGAACAAGCAAAGAUAUCCAACGGGGAACGACUUUCUCUGUAUACUUGUUUUGACUCUAUUAUAUCCAUGCUUCAUCCAAGGAACCUCAGCAGUAUCUCAGAGGUAAGGAUUAAUUCUUUCUGGUGCCAAGAAGUAAUGGAGACGGUUUAUCUCAGGCAGAAAAAUUCAGAUCAGAGUACGGAUCUUGUUGUCAAAAUGGCCGAGUUGAACUCGCUUAUACAAGACAUACAAGAUGAUGAAAGAUACAACUAUGAUUUUUACAAGAAUAAACUUUUCAAAAUUUUCACGAAACUGGAAGAAGCUUUAUCAGAACAUGUGCCUUGAGCAGUCGCAAUACCACCAAUAAGGUACAAAGAACUUGAUUGAAGUUUCUUAGUACCGUAGAAUAAGAAUGUAAACGUAUUUUUCUUGACUGCCACAAAAUCCAACAUACAAAAAAACAGUGCCAAUCAAUAUAGCUCUCAUAGUAUAUGGCAAUCGCAACUUCUCGCCACUUUACAACAAACUUCAGAUGUGGACCUCGAACAAAAUAGUAAGAUUACAAAGAAUGGAUACGGCUUUUCGACUUAACAUGUAAACAAAAAGAAAAAAUGUAGUAAUUUAAUGCUGGGAGCUUUUAUCUAAAUUUAUUUUAAUCAAUUGAAUAAAAGUCCACCUAAAUUAAGGAAAUAUUACAGUAAACUGUUCGGUAUGCUGUCAAAACUCGCUUUGAUAGAAUUGCUUAUGCUUAACUUGUCUAGCUAUGUUAAAUUGAUAAAAUAGACACAAUUAAAA